AUGAGUGGCCACUGCUGUCGCUUUGUGGAAGCUGAAAGCAAACCCCUCCGCCUCAGAGGGAACAUCCUGGGUUCAUCUGGAGUUGUUGCAGAUGAUAGGUCAACAUUUCUGACGGAAGGAGAUUCAGUCACUCUAAACACUGGUGUUAAAAUAAACCAACAAGAUGUCGUCUUAUGGUAUUUUAAUAACUCUCGCAUUGCUGUAAUCGCUGGAGAUCUGAGUUUUAUCUGUACUGAUGUUCAGUGUAAGAAUGGCACCGAGAGAUUCAGAAACAGACUGAAGCUGGAUCAUCAGACUGGAUCUCUGACCAUCAUGAACAUCACAAACACAGACUCUGGACUUUAUAUGCUACAGUUCAGCAGCGGCAGCCAGAUCCUCCAGCAGAUUUUGGUUUGUGUUUCAGAUGUUCCUGCUGCUCGACGAGAUGAAAUGAAGACCAAGUCUGUAGUGGAGGGAGAACCUGUCACUUUACAUCCUGGUGUAACAAAAACCCCAAAUGUUGUGAUGACGUGGUAUUGUAAUGAGACUCUCAUCGCCGAAAUCACGGGAGAUCAGAGUAAGAUCUGUUCAGAUGUUCAGUGUAAAGAGAGAUUCAGAGACAGACUGAAGCUGGAUCAUCAGACUGGAUCUCUGACCAUCACAAACACCAGAAACACAGACUCUGGAGAAUAUAAACUACAGAUCAGGAGCAGUAGAUUCACCAACAUCCCUAUCACCAGUUUGAAGAGCUUCAUCAUUUCUAUCACUGAUGUUCCUGCUGCUCGACGAGAUGAAAUGAAGACCAAGUCUGUAGUGGAGGGGGAAUCUUUCACUUUACAUCCUGGUGUAACAAAAACCCCAAAUGUCGUGAUGACGUGGUAUUGUAAUGAGACUCUCAUCGCCGAAAUCACUGGAGAUCAGAUGCCGAUCCCUUCACUGCCUAUCCGUUGCCCCAAGAAGGUCACCUCUCUGCCCAACAGUCUGCAUUUAUCGGGAUGUAACUUCAGACCUGCCCAUCUGAUCUUCUCCAUCACUGCCCUCAAUGCUGUGAUAGGGGAAGUCGUGGCCUAA